AGGCUUUCACCUUGACGAAUUUCGUAUUGGAACACAGACGUAUUAUAUAUUCUGGCUUUUCAUGGGUCAGGUGUGAAAGCCUCUCUCUCAAAUCGGACUGCAACAGCAAGUGUGACCUGAGGCAGUCUCUGAGGAAGAGACAUGGAGAAAGAUAAGAAAGACUCAUCUCAGCCCGGGGUGAACGAGGGAAGAGAGGGGAGUCUGUCUGGAGACAAGGGGACCUUCAUCAGGGUGUUGACCGUGAGGCCUCUAAGUUUGGAGGACAUGGACCUCCUGGUCGAGGCCUCAGAUCUGCCCGCUCCUUCAGUACCCGCCACUGGGUCAAAAGACCAGCUGGAAGCCCUGGAGGUUGCGUCCACUUCCCAGGGCGUCAGUGGAGUGGAGAGAAUGCCCCCCAGCACAGCCAGCAGCAGCACCACGUCUGGCAGCCAGAGGGCGAUGAAGACAGCCUGCUCCUCAGCCCUGUCGAGCCACACCAAGCUGCCCAUCUCUGUGAUCAGUGCGGUGUUGCAGCUGAUCAACAACAGGCUGCCAGACAUGCUGCCUCGCUUGGAUGCCAGCCGAGAUGUUCCAGACACCCAGACCUGCAGCACAUCAGCUGCUGGGCUGCUAUCCCAGGAGAUGCUGACCAAAGUGUCCUCCAUGCUGCAGGCUGACACAGAAAGCCAGGUGGCGCUCAGCAGACAGAGUGGAACCCCCUCUCCGGAUCUGCAGGUGGAGGCCAAGGCCAGUCUGGGCUCUGUGGCAGCUGAGGUGAUCGUGCCGGUCAUCGGCAACAUCCUAGCAGCCAGGGCCGCAAUCCAAGAAGAAGCUCAAGAGGCUGUUACCGUUUCCUCUGUGAGCUACUUCCUCUCUGCUGUCUGUGCCGACGUGCAGACUCUACCGCUGCUGAGGAGAUCAGGGAGCAGCAGUCGGUCUUCUGGAAGGUCCCUCGGAGAGCUCCUGACCACCAUGUCGAGGACCAACGUUGUCCAGGCUGUGGAGCAGAAGCUGGAGGAGCAGUUUGGGCCGUGUAGGAAGGAGCGCUCGUCCACAUCGCCAUCCAGCCAAUCAAGAACUGAGGAUUUGAUCAUGAUCCCUUAUCUGGGGAGCGGUCGCUCUGGACAUUCCCUGGCCAGUGACCUGGUCGAUGGGAUCAUUGGAUCCGUGAAGAGUGCUGUUGAGUUGCUGGACAUCCAGUCUUCAUCAUCCAGAGCAGGGAACAGCUCCUCCCUCACAGGAUGGGACGCAUUGGAUGUUUCCUCUGAAGUCAAGAAGAUGGUCUGCAAGGCAGCGGCCAUACUGACCCCCCUGGUGAGCUCUUCCAGGAUGGGAGAUGUGACGGCGGACGAGAGCGUCUCUUUGAUGAACGAGACGUCUCUGGAAAGUUUGCCCCCGUCUCUCAUCAGGCUUCUGUUGAUCCGGUCUGUCGACACGGUGACAGCAGCCUGCAGAGCCAUAAGUAGUGAGUUCUGCUAUCGGGAGAGCGUGAAAAACGAAGGCUUGACCAAACUUCAGCAGCUGGCCAACGAACAGAUGUUGGCCUGUCUAAACAAGGCCGUAGAGGAAUUGGAAAUCGAUGAGCUCGUCGAAGGCAUCUCAGCCAUCCUGGAUCAUUCGCUGAUCCUAAGGCGUCCGGAGAUGUCCUUUUCCCACAUCUACCGCUCCUUGUUUGUUGACUCCCUCCUGCCAGGGAGUGGACACCGAACCACCGAGGUCCUGGAGACCUUGAUUUUCUUACGUCCAGAGGGCCCACCCGCAGCUGGGCAGAGCCUGGCUCAUGACACGCGAGUGGGAACGAUCAUAAAAGAGUAUGUGACCAAAGGGAAAGAUGUGUUCCAGCAGGCCUUGAGGAGAGCGACUCAGAAGCUCUCUCGCCAGCCGGCGACCCCUCGUGGCUCACCUCAUGCGGCCAAUCCAGAGAGCUCAGAGCGUCCAUCUCUGCUGGUCUCCUCUGAGAACUGCGAGAACCUGCUUGGUGCGAUCCUAGACGAUCUCCAUGAGGUGGUUGAGCAGCACAAGGCCUCAGCAAAGGCGAGAUCUGGUGGCAUGAAGUUCUGGGAGCAGGUCCACUCCUCCAGCCAGCAGCUUUAUGACAGCACGCUGAGGACCCUGCAGAAAGCUGCAGACAAGCUGUCGGCUCUUGAAGAACGUGUAUCUGAGAUCAUCCCUCCGAAGGCGUCCUUCUCUUGGACCAAGAGGACCCUUGGGGUGAUUCUCAGUGCCAUGAGAGCAGAAGUAGCAGCUUCAGAGUGCUCCACUGCUGAACUGAAGAGGAGUGAGGACGGCCUCCUGACCUGUGCCCUCUUGGACUCCAUACUGGAGAAUCUCAGCCAGUUAUGUGAGGACGAAGAGGGUCCAACAGUCUCCAACGCUACCGUAGGACUGGACUCCGCCGGAUUGGACGAGCUCCAGAUCAAGACCGCCUCAGAGAGUCUGCUCGCCAACGUCCGUCGGCUCCGCCGGCAGACAGCCACCACCGGCCUGCAUCUUCAGAGCCCCGUGAGCUCCACCAGAAGCACGUCGGAGCUGAUGCUGCCAGAAAGCCCCCCGAUGCCCUCCAGGCAGGAGCUCAUCCACAGCUAUGCUGAGAGCUCGGUUAAGAGUCAGCUGCAGAAGAGCCUUGAGCUGAACCUUCCCUCGACCUCCAGCCUGGCCUGCCAGGAGACCCUGGACCGCACGGUCAGGAUCCUGACGGAGAGAGUGAUGGACACUCUGUGUGAGUCUGCUGCUGCAGCUCCGUGUCCUGGGGAAGAUCUCGGUGAGCUCAGCCCUGCAGCGGUCAUCAUGGAUGCUGGGACAGCGUCGACCUCUGCAGGAGAGACGAGAAAGGCUAAGAAGGGCUUGAAGUGGUGGAGCCUGCCGAAGAAAGCCAAGCUCUUCAAGAACAAGUUCCUGAAUAGAAAGACGGAGCCCAAGAAGCCCUCAGCCCAGGAGGAGCUUCCCCCCAGCUCUCACGUCACACCUGGGACUAAGUGUGGUUCGCCUGCCAAUCUGGAGCUGUCGAAAGACCACGAGACCAAGCAGGAGCCCCCUAGACAUCCUCUACACGUACGAAUGUUCCGUGCGCUUCGAAAGUCCAUCGCCAAGACAUUCAAGAUGUCUGGGAGCCAGUAGGACGGCCUACUGAUACGUUUAAGUAGUGAGAGUGAGAAUGGGUGCUCUGAGUCCAGUUUUAGUCUCAAACCUGGAGGUCUGGUUUGUCUGUGCCUCAGUACAAACCUGGAGACAUUUUUGGGGGCAGGUGCUCAAACCAAAAAAAAGGGCACCCAUUGGCACGUGCACAGAUAGACCCCUAGUGGUGCUCAAGCACCUGCCCUUUUGCCCUGGAUGAGAAAAGUGCCCCUUCUGCUGGAGCCAAAUUUUUUCUUCAGUCAUCAAUAUUUAGGAAUAAAAAUUACUCUCUCUGUCAUCAAUUCCCUUCAAAUGUGUUUUGAUAUCUGACGAGGCAUUUAUUUGAGUUCUUGUGAGAAUUUUUCCCCGACAUGCUCCGCGGCGCUCACAAGCCCCCGCUGCGCCCCUCCCUCCUCCUCCUCCACUGAGUGCUCAUGCAGUGCUGAGCGCCAGGCCAAACGGCUGCAGCCUACUUCUUCUCUGACCCGCAGCAUCAGACAAACAGGUAAUGACGGUGUUUGUGCAAUCCCCUGACGUUGUUUGGUGAUGAAUUGACCACAACAUUAGCGCUGCUGAAAACAUUACAUCGCAACUGGUCCGACGUUUCCUAAAAGA